CAGCUAUAGAUAAGAACAUGUUCAACAUACACAUGUUCCUCUUUUGUUAAAUCUAAAAAGAAAAAUUACCCUAGGAUUUAAUUAGGAUCAUUUUGAUAGACACUUCUAACAUCUAGGAUAUAGCAGAAGAAAGUGAAACUAAUUUUUAAUAACCUUUUGGUCUGGGAAUCCCCAGAAAAUCUAUUUUGAGUAAAUUAAUCAUAGGAUUGACGUCAUUACAAACCAAUCAAAUAGCUACGAUUGGUCACGUGGUAGAUCUGCCAAGGAACCCCAUUUUGGAGAAAAAUAAAAAAGUUACGAUUUUUCUAACAAAUCUACGUUAUUCACAUAUUAAAUCGUUCCAAUGAGUGAAUCAGGCAUCUCCCUAGACUUUGACAGUCUUCUGGAGAUGGGAGAAGAUCCAUUGAUGAGUGACGUCGGCAGUUUUUACGAGAUAAAAAGUCAGCCUGUUCUGGGAAGCCCUGCGGAGGUCAAGAACGUAAACUCCAUGGCAACCAGAACAAACCUAAAACAACAAAUCCAAAAACAGCACAUGCAAGAGCUUGAGAGAAAAGAACAACAACAGAAUAUCUCACAAUCUCUCCCAAAGUCUCAAGUCUCACCGACAAAUGCAAUAUCUAUGCCUCCUGCUAACAAUGUUGAAGUCCCAGCUCAGGUUUUUCAUGUGAAGACAAAGCUUGAGAAUCCGACAAAAUAUCACGUCCAACAAAACCAGAAACGACAAGUGGAGAUGUAUAUCAGCGAGAGUUUGGGGAAACCCAGCACGAUGUUGUCUCUUCCGAUCUUCAACUCUGGGAUUGGAAGCAUGCAGCCUCAGGGCGGGAUGACUAUGCAGAGCUCUAGUGCCCCAACUGACCCAGACAGUCCCUUGUCCAUGGGCAUGGGCAGUACACAUACAAGCGUAUCAGAGAUGGAUGACCUUCUUGGUGAUAUCAUCAGCUUGGAGUCCGUUGAUGCAGCUAUUGACCCAGAACUUCAGCUACUGGAGAUGAACCAAAUUGGAGGAAUGGCGCAAACUCUACCACAUUCUAAUGAUUACAAUGAAUUCAUAGUUGAUGGUGCCCAUCACCAGAAGUCGUCUGCAUCUUGCCCUGGUUUAGGGGGUCGAGUCAAAGAUGAACCCCCACCGUUUAUGUGUAACGACGAUGCCAGAGCAUGGGCCAAAGAACGACAAAAGAAAGAUAACCACAAUAUAAUUGAAAGGAGAAGGAGGUUUAAUAUAAAUGACAGAAUUAAAGAAUUGGGAACACUGUUGCCAAGAUGCAAUGACCCUGAUAUGCGCCAGAACAAAGGGUCCAUACUCAAAGCAUCAGUUGACUAUAUUUCAAAACUGAAGCGUGAUCAAGCCAGAAUGAAACAAGCUGAAGAGAAGCAGAGAAAGCUUGAGCAAAUGAAUAGAAAGAUGUUACUUAAGAUACAGCAACUGGAAUUGACAAUGAAGGCCCAUGGUAUAAAUGCUGGUACUGAAGGUCAAGACUCCUCUUCUUUAAUCUCAGAUAUGUUCAAACAACAAACUGCAAUAAACCUAAACAUUAAGCCUGGACAAACAUUAAGUCUAGGUCAGCCUAAAUCUGGCUCUGUUACUGGAGUUGAGGACUUAAUGGACGAUAGCCCAGUUAAUGGAGACCCUAUGAUGGGCUCAUCACCCAAAACUCUAAGCAGGCGGAGCAGUAUGAGUAUAGAAGAUGGACUUUCAUUAGAUGGGUACACCUCAUAGUUUUAACUGCAACUGGAUUUUUACAAUUGUAUAUUUUAGUUGAAUUGGUAUUAAAUCUUUUUAAUCGUGUAAAUGAAACAAAACACUUCUCAGAUCAGUUGCAUGUAACAUUCAAUCAGACACUUUGUUUUGCCAUUUCUUGAGAACAUGUUCAGAAUUUGUGUCUACUUUGUUAGCCGGAGAGAAAGAAUUAGCCAUUGAGUUGUAAAUAGAAUGUGCAGUAAAGUAAACCUACGUAAGUGAAUGUUUCUCUUAUUCUCUUAAUACCAUGGACUUUCUAGGCUCUAGAAUCACCAUAUUAAUUGUGAAUCCUUUUAGAAAUACAGUUUUUUAUCCUCUUAGAUCUCAAAACAUUGUUUACCAUAUUAUGGAAGGUUUAAGUAUAACUUAUAAAUGUAGUAUACUGUCCCCCUUGCCCCCAUUAUUGUUUUUACUGUAAAUGUCCGGGAUUAGGGGAGGACAGAAAGAAAAUUUGAUACCAGACAAUUGCAAGACAAGACAAGGAUAUUUUGAAGAUUACUAUGACAACAAAGAACAAAUUCAUAUAUGCAUAAUGUUACAAGUAUUUGGUCUAGCUACACACCUUUGUGCCCCCCCCCCCUACCCACUAGACACCUCCCUGUGUGAGAGGUUUUCAUACCUGUUU